CUCCUUGGCAAUAGACAAACAGUUGCUAUCUUGAAUACUACGUACGUGCAUAUAUUGGAUCCAUCAGGGCCUUACAACUGCAGUGAUGGAUUACAACAUUAUUUGGAUAAAAACAGAGGUCACAGAUGAGAUAUCAACUGAGGCAGACUCUGCAAUUAGUGAAGCUCAAUUAGUAAACUCAGAGUUCAAUGACUGUACCAAGAAGAAACCAGAACUAAAUUUGGGACUAGAGGAAAGCGAGAACAUUUUAUGUGUUCCUGAAUUUCAUCCUCAGAUAAUUAAGGAGGAGUGUCGUGAAGAUCCAUUAGUAAUCUCAGGGUCCCUUGGUUCUAUCAAGGAGCCUCCAGAAUUAAAUUUGGAAGCAGAAGAAAGUGAGAAUUUUGUCUUAACCUCUGCAAAUGAUUCUCUUGAUGUAUGUGACCCACUGAGUGUAACAGAUGAUGAGGAGGCAGCUUCAAAAAGAUGUGCACCAGACAGUCGACGAUCACAUAACAUCAACAGAUACGAAGAAAGUAAAUUGGAAAAAGAAAACACUACAUGGCAAGCACCCGUAUCAUCUAACACAGCCACACAUCAAUCAAGACGCGUCCAACACAUGGCUAAGAAAAGGUCGACGAAAGUGGCAAGUGAGGCUGGUAGUAUUUUAUUUGAUGAAACAUAUCAGGUAACAACAUGUGAUAAGCUGGACAUUACUACAGAGAAAUCAGCUCGUUUCGUCAGUAGUGGAACUGCAGUACAAGUGUUUCUGUCUAAGGAGAACACUGCAUUAUGUAGUAGAAAAACUAGCAACUUAAAAGAAAGUGAAAUUAAUCAGUUUAUGUGUAGUUCAUGCAAUCAAACUUUUUUGUCAAAAUACAGCCUCAUAAUGCAUGUGUUCAUUCAUAUUGAUGGUGUGCAGCCACCUUCUCAUGUCUGUACAGCGUGUGGUGAAGUAUUUGGAACACGUGAUAGCUUGAGCAAACAUUCUGUUGUGCAAAGAAGCAUUAGUCACGUAGAAAGUCAUCAACGUAGCACAGUUUCUAAUGAAUAUGAUAGUUUCAUGUGCUGUGAAGUAGUAAGAAGUGGCAAUAAAUUACAGAAAUGUGGUACUUCCAGUAAAUCUAUCAAUAAAACAGAUGGUCACAUACCAUACACUUCCGAUAUUUGUGAGGAGUCAUCUAGUCAGUCUGGACAUCUGAAGAGCACAUCAGUAAUAAGUACUGGUAAAAGACCACACAAAUGUGAGAUUUGUGGUAAAUGUUUUUGCGAUUCCAGCAGUCUCAACAAGCACAUCUUAAUACAUGGUGCGGAGAGACCACAUAAAUGUGACGUUUGUGGGAUAGCUUUUCCUAGAGUUGGUCAUCUCACGGAGCAUACACGAAUACAUACUGGCGAGAGACCACAUGUAUGUGUGGUUUGUGGGAAAUCCUUUGCUGUGAUGGGCAAUUUGAAGAAGCACACAUUACUACAUACCGGCGAAAAACCACAUAAAUGUGAUAUUUGUGGAAUGUCAUUUCGUCAUUCUAGCAAUCUCAAAGUUCACACGCUCAUACAUACUGACAAAAGGCCACACAAAUGUGAGUUUUGUGAUAAAUCGUUUACUACACCUGGUAGGCUCAAGGUGCAUGCUAUUAUACAUACUGGUAUGGCAUCACACAAAUGUGACGUUUGUGGAAAGUGCUUUACUCAGUUUGGUAGCCUCGAGGCGCAUAGAGUGAAACACACUGGCCAGAGACCACACAUGUGUGACGUUUGUGGCAAAUCAUUUUCUAGCCGUGGGAAUCUCAACGCACAUUCAUUAAUUCACAAUGACGUAAGACGAUACAAAUGUGACGUCUGUGGGAAAUCCUUUUGUCGGUCUGGUGGUCUGAAGGCGCAUUCAUUCGUCCAUACUGGCGAGAGACCGUAUAAAUGUGAUUCCUGUGGGAAAGCGUUUACUGAAUCUGGUAAUUUGAAGAGACACGUAUUGAUACAUACAGGCGAGCGACCUUUCAAAUGUGAUGUUUGUGGAAAAGCAUUUACUCAGUCUGGUAGUCUCAAGGCCCAUGCAGUAACACAUAUUGAUUAUGAAACAAAUAUCCAGUAAUGUGAGGUAUAAUUAGGAAUUAUUGUUAAGCCUAGGAGACCGAUUCAAGAGGAAAUAAAUUUUACACAAAUAUUUGACCAUCUUAAUAUAAGAUGGUGAAAGCAAUAAAUGGAAGACAGCUGCAGUGAUAAGUGUCUUACUGGUUACGCUAGGCCUGUAUGUCAGCAGACAUAUGAGAAUAGCUAAAGAAGUGUGAUGUUGAGAGCAAAUGCUCUGUUAGGGCUGUUAAUGUAUUUUUGAAAGUAUUUCUGCACUUUCUUACAGGAUGAGAUAUCAGAUGGCUGUCAAGUAUAUUUUACUGGAGGUGUCUAAAAGCCAAAGACAAGUGUAUGGGGGAUUAAAUUUAGUGGAAAAACUCUUAGCAUAUGUUGUCACUUAUGUUUAAGACAUGGACUCCUUGUAUUUUUCCAGUAGUGUUCACAGUGCAAAUGUAUAUUUUGUAAUGUGCUGAAAAUUUGUGGCAUUUCAAAUAUGUUAUGAACUUGAAUCGUUUUUAAGUAUCUGCUUACACCGUUUAAACUUCAUGUUCUAUCAGUCUGCAGAUAAGCACUGUUUUUAGAGACAUCUUUAUGCAUGUGUACUUAGGACAUGUUAAACUAAUUCUUGUUUCAUCAUUUGUUACUCAAGGCUGUUUCUAUAACUUCAGUAUCUUGAAAUAGUAUUAACUGGUGGGAUUUUUGUGCCAUGUUUAGUUAAUGAAUUGUGAUUCUUGUCCAUUACUCUUCCUUAGAAAUACUACAAUUAGUUCCGCUAUUUUGCUUUUUAAUAAAGUAAAAUAAAUUUACCAUUUCCCUAAAGACACCUUUAUUAAUUUUUGAAAAAGUAACAUGAAGUGCUAAAUUUAUUAUCCAUUGCUAGCUGUGAAAUAGCUUUUUGUCAGAUGACUGACUACUGGAUGUUACUUUAUUUUCGUAUUAGGAAAAGAAUAACAAACGAAAUGUUUCCUGCUUGCUAGGUAUUAUUCUUUAUGUGGAUAAUGAAUAGUCAUUUUACUUCAGCAGCCUUUCCUCUUUGGUUACUGCAGACAGGUUUGCUGCAUGCUGAACUAAAUGGUGCAUCAUUGCCACAGCUAAGGCUAUGCAAUCAGUCCGCCUUGCCCUGUGUUGAAUAACUGGGAGUGCUUUCUUUAAUGCCCUCAAAGAUUUGUUAUCAACAAGAGAAACAGUAUUGUAGUUGAAAAAUUAGUUUCUGGCCAACUAGGUUGUGUACAAAUUAACUGUUGCUAUUAAUCCAAGAUCUGAAAGGUCUUUUCAAUUAAUAGUUUCGUAUUCAUAUUAGUAACCCAUUCUGGUGAUCAUGUGCCAGUACACAUCAGGAAUUCAGUGCUGCAUGUAUUUUGACCUUCACCAAGUGGAUAUUUUCAAAUCACAUGUAGUCUUUCUUUCUGUGCAUGUGAAAAUUGAGCAAUACAGUUUUCCUUUAUGGUAUUUUUGUUCUCGAAAGCAUACUGAUAUUUUGUAUGUUGAAUGAAAUGUGCUGGUUGUCUGUUUUAUUGUUCUUACAUAUUUUUGUUUGUUUGGAACCACACUAAACAGCUCUGAACUUCAUUGUUGCAUGACAUGUAAGAUGUGGAAGUUUCAUGAACGGUUUUCUGCUACUUUGAUUAACUGCUUAAUCACUGCAGGAUGGAAGAUGGCGUAUCUAUAUCUAUAUCUCUAUCUAUAAUAAGCACAUAAUAUGUGAUUUAUGUAACAUUUUUGUAAGUAUGCAAUAAGUAUGUAAGUAGUGCAUCUGCAGAAAAGCUCAUAUCCUGUUGGGAUAUUUGGCAAUGCAUUUCUUAAAUUUCUGGUAUCUUAUUGUCCAACAGCAAUGAACAACAUAGAUCUGUUACACAAUUGCUUAUAUUUCAUAACUUUAGUGUAAUUUCCGAAAUCACCCGUAUAUAAUUUGAAAUUUUACUCCUUUCCAAUGUUUAUUCAGGAACAAUAAUUCAUCCAAAGUCAGGUAUGGACCUAAACAAUUUACAGAAAUCUAUGAAAACCAUAACUUCGGUGUGCAAUUGUGAAAUAAAAUCUGCAAAGGCGAUGGAAGUCCAGGUGUAUAUAUAUAUUUGUUGAUGGAUGCAGUAUACACCAAAUAUUCACUUUUGUGUAUAUCACUUCAAAUUUCCAGUCUGUGUAUUUGUCAACGCAGUUACCUUCUUUCAGAAAUAACAUGACAUGGUGUUCCCUUUUGACUGUUGUGUGACAAUGGUGAGACA